AUGCCUUCGUCCGUCUCGUCAAUUGGGUUUGAAGGUUUCGAAAAAAGGCUCGAAAUCACUUUUUCUGGGCCGGGCUCCGAACGUGAGGGCCUACGGUUGCUCUCCCGAGCCCAGCUGGACGAAAUCUUAAAACCCGAGUGCACCAUAGUAGCUUCCUUAUCAAACGAGCACGUCGACUCGUACGUUCUUUCCGAGUCGAGCCUCUUUGUAUUUUCUCAUAAGAUUAUCAUCAAAACAUGUGGGACCACAAAGCUGCUCCUCUCCAUCUCCCCCAUACUGAAAUUGGCCGAGAGUCUCUCCCUCGAGACUCGAGCUGUGAAAUACACGCGCGGGAGCUUUAUUUUCCCCGGAGCCCAGCCAUAUCCCCACCGUAAAUUUUCCGAUGAAGUUGAAAUUCUCGACCGGCACUUUCGCCAGCUUGGCCCGGAUGGCUCGAAAGCUUAUGUCAUAGGCGGUUUUGAAAGUCGACGUAAAUGGCACGUCUACACUUCGUGUGCCGAUUCUUUCAAACCAGAGAACGGGGUUUUUUGCUCAUUAGAGAUGUGCAUGACUGGUCUGGAUAGAGAAAAGGCUUUGGUUUUUUACAAGAAUCAAUCGAGCUCCGCCACCUGGAUGACUAACGAGUCGGGCAUAAGAAAAAUUCUCCCGGGAUCAAAUAUAUGCGAUUUCGAGUUCGACCCGUGUGGUUACUCGAUGAACUCGAUCGAAGGGCCAGCUGUCUCGACUAUCCAUGUUACCCCAGAAGAGGAAUUUAGUUACGCGAGCUUUGAGGCCACGGGCUAUGAUUUGAGUGGCGGUGGUUUGGGUUUGGUGGUUGGGAGGGUUUUGGAUUGUUUUCGGCCGAAGGAGUUCUCUUUGGCGGUGCAUGUGGGCUCUUCUGAUGUUGGUCUGUCUGAGGAUGUUUAUGGGCUGGGCCUGAGAGGUUACUCGUUGAACGAGAGGAGCUUUGACGAGAUAGGGAUCGGUGGGCCUAUCAUGUGGCUGAAGUUUGUUCGGAAUGCAUCGUGUGGUUAUCGUUUGCCCGUUUUGAGAUCUUGCCUUUAG